AUACCCUAUGCUUUUCUCACAUUCCUCACUAGCUCCACAACUAGGAAGAGCUCUAUGUCUCUCAGCGGUGGCGCCACCGCUUGUUCCCCGUUGCUUCACUGCUCCUUCAUCUCUUUCACCUCUUUUGCUUCCAUUUCCGCCUUCUCAGGUUUAUCUUUGGGCUUGGAUUCGAGCUCUAGUGUGGAGGUUAGAAGAAGAAGAGGCUGUGGCUUAGUGGUGAGGACCGGGAAGGCUGCCCUGUGUCUAAUCAAGAGAAGUAGGUCCAGGAAAUCCUUGGUUCAAACUCAUGGAUUCCGUUGCCGCAUGAGAACAACUGGCGGGAGAGCAAUGAUGAAGCGCCAACGUGCUAAGGGGCGGAAGGUCCUCUGCACGAAAAGCAAUUCCAACUGUGGAAAACGUGCCUGAUUGUGCCUUUUUCAUAUUCAGUUUAUUAGGUAAGUGCAGUGGUAUGUAAUGUAAUGUAAUGAUGUUUAACAGCCUAUUCUUGUGAACAAUGGCAGAAUUUCAAACUUAUUUCUCAUGAUACCUUCUGUAUUGUUCAAGAACUCAUUGUCGGUUA